CUAGUCGUUUCAUCCCUAGUCUGUGGUCGGUUGCUGUGUUGCUGUGGUUGCGAUGCGAUUUCAAUCGUUUAUUUUUUUUAUCUUGAGCCCAUUUAAUUUAUAGAUCAUUAGAGAAAUAAACAUAAUAAGAAAUCUGAUAACCAAAAUAAGACUAUGGAUGCACCUACUACGGGGACCAGUUCGCCUGGUCUCUUAGGUACGGCACCUCUUAUCCCUCCGCCAAUGCUAGGAGGUCUACCGCCUACAAUGCCGCCUGCUGUGGCUAUGCCGCCAGUACCUGGGCUACCACCAAAUAUGGCAGCAAUGCCACCACCAAUGGGUUUCCCUCCUAUGCUUCCACCAUUCUCUAUGCCUCCACCAGGUUUCCCAGCAUUCAAACCUCCUGAAUACACCCAGGAUUUGAAUGCCCCAGCUCCAGAUGUAGCACCAAUUGCCAAUCAAAGCUGUCCGUGGUCUGAACACAAGGCUCCAGAUGGCCGUACUUAUUAUUACAACUCAGUCACUAAACAGAGUUUGUGGGAAAAACCAGAUGACUUAAAGACUCCCGCAGAAAAACUAUUGUCUUCUUGUGUUUGGAAAGAGUACACUACAGAUGCAGGUCGGGUUUACUACCAUAACAUAGAAACAAAAGAAUCUAGCUGGGUGGUGCCCAAAGAGCUCCAAGAAAUUAAGGAUAAAAUUGCUGCAGAAGAAGCUGCUCAAAAUGCAUUAAGUGCAGAUAUUACGCCUGGUGAGGUUCCUCUGCCAGGUUCACCAUCCAUUCCAGGUUCCGGUGGUAGCUCAGCACUAGACAAAGCAAUGGCAAAGACUCUGGCAGCCAUUGAUCCUUCCCUUGCUAACUCUAUUCCUAUACCUGAAGAAAUCAAACCUGAAGAAAUAGUGGCUCCACCUCAAGCAAUCAAUGAAGGUGAACAGACAGCUGAAACGCAAUACAAAGAUAAAAAAGAAGCUAUUGAAGCAUUCAAGGAACUAUUAAGAGACAGGAAUGUUCCAUCAAAUUCAACAUGGGAGCAAUGUGUGAAAAUAAUAUCAAAAGAUCCCCGUUAUCUUUCAUUUAAAAAACUCAAUGAGAAGAAACAAGCUUUUAAUGCUUACAAAACACAGAAACUGAAAGAUGAGAGAGAUGAACAGAGGUUGAAAACGAAGAAGAAUCGAGAAAGCUUGGAAGAAUUUUUACUAAGUUGUGAUCGAGUGACAUCAUUAACUAAAUACUACAGAUGUGAAGAAAUGUUUAGUAAUCUUGAGAUAUGGAAGUGUGUACCUGAUGCAGACAGGAGAGACAUAUUCGAGGACUGUAUAUUUACAAUAGCUAAACGUGAAAAGGAAGAAGCUAAAGCACUGAAGAAACGUAACAUGAAGAUGUUAGCCCAGGUGUUGGAAAACAUGAAUGAAAUAACAUACAGCAGUACGUGGAGUGAAGCACAAGUAUUACUUUUAGAAAACUCUUCUUUCAAGAAUGACGUUAGUUUGUUAGGAAUGGACAAAGAGGAUGCUCUUAUUGUAUUUGAACAGCAUAUCAGAAAUCUGGAAGCAGAAUAUUUACAAGAAAAGGAACAGUUAAAAAAACGAAACAAGCGACAACAGAGGAAAAAUAGAGACAAUUUUUUGGCUUUGCUAGAAGGCUUACAUGAAGAAGGCAAAUUAACCUCAAUGUCUUUAUGGGUAGAACUUUAUCCAGUUAUUUCAGCGGAUAUGAGGUUUUCAGCUAUGCUUGCUAUACAUAACUUAAAAAUUUUAGGACAAAGUGGUUCUACGCCCUUAGACCUAUUUAAAUUCUAUGUGGAAAAUUUGAAGGCGCGAUUCCACGACGAAAAGAAAGUUAUCAAAGAGAUUCUGAAAGAGAAAGAGUUUGAAGUGAAACCUUACACUUCGUUCGAGGAAUUCGCCACCGUCGUUUGUGAAGAUAGCAAGUCGGCCUCUUUGGACGCUGGAAACGUGAAACUUACGUAUAAUUCGUUGCUUGAAAAGGCUGAAGCUAGAAAUAAAGAGAAAAUUAAGGAAGAAACAAAAGCCCAAAAGAAAUUGGAGAGUGCGUUCAAGUGGGCACUAGCCGAAGCUAACAUUGACCAUCAACUGUCAUGGAGCGAGGCCAAAGAGAAAUUAGAUCUCGCAGCACCAGAAUUUACGGCAGUGCCAAAUGAAGAAGACCGAAUUAGAAUAUAUAAGGACUUCCAACACGAGCAAGAAGAAAGCUGCAUGCACUACCAUCAUCCCAAAUCCAGGAAAUCGAAAAGGUCAAAAAAGAAGAAGCGGUCACACUCUACGUCACCUUUGCAGUCCAAAUCUCGGUCGCCGUCGCCGUCGCCUACGGCGCGGUCACCGUCGCCAGCGCCCAGCCCCACCUCUUGGUCUUCCGAGGAAGGCCGGUCCAAACACAAGAAGUCCAAAAAGAAAUACAAGAAACACUCGCCGGCACCAAAAUCGCCUACCCCCGAAGAGGGUGGUAUCAGUGACGACGAACCGGUCCGGCACAAGAGCAAGAAGUCUAAACGCGGCGCGCCCAGCAGCCCCGAAGAUAAUCUCGAACACGCACACAAGCCCAAGAAAAAGAAAGAGAAGAAAGACAAGAAAGAGAGAUCUGGCGGGUCAACGGUGUGGAGCGACGCGGAGCUGGAGUCGCGGCGCGCGCUCUUGCUAGCGCAGCUGCACGAGCACGAGGCCGACUGACGCCGCGUCACGCACAUACACAUAUUUAACGACUAUCCGCGGCCCCCCUCCCCUUCCACCCCCACUCCCAUUAAUAGGGAUGACGACUAACUUUCUUCUUCGUCUAACAGGUAGAUUAUGAAAAAGUAUUGGACACGUUUGUUUUCUUUUUGCGCAUAAUCAAAACAUUACAGAUAUAUUGCUUUGAAAUGUCGCAUGACGACAAGUCUUGAUACCAUUUUUUCUUAAAAGUGACGUCACGAGCCCCCACUGCCAAUCUUUGAUGAGCUUUAUCUUUGUAUCGUUAAUUACGACAGAAAAAUGAGUGUUCAUUACUUUUUGAUAAUGUAACGGACGGACUAAAUAGAAAUUCGUAUACUUGAUCCAGUCAUCAUCCCUAUAUUCUACCUUUCCCUGCUACCCGACACCUCACAAUGCUAGCGAAUAAAGAUCAAAUUCCGAUGUAAGCAGCCGAGACCGACAAUGUUAUCUUAGUUUUUAGGAUUUUUAUGUGAACGUGGGUUUUUUUUUACUACAGCUCAAUGCAAUAAUGUCGAGUACUACUGCCCUCGCCGCUACUCUGUCAUCUCUGCGUAUACACAACACCUUGCAGUAUAACGAUUAAAGAUAAAAUUCCUACGUCAGCAGCCGUGACCGACCGAAAAUUCAAUGUGAACGGUUGAUUUUAGAGCUCAAUACGUUAAUGUCGAUUUAUCUACAAGUAAGAAAGGAUUUCAAGAAAAAAAAAUAUAGAUUAAUUUUUCGAAAGAGAUAGUUCUCAAUAGAGGACAUUAUAUUAUGAACAACAUAUGAAACAAGCAACUUCCUACUUUGGAUCCCCAGAUCACUUCAAUGAAAUAAAAUAUCUUUUAUAAGUAGGGCGAUUAUCAUUGUUAACUUUCCUGUCCCAAAAAAUAAAAUUUUUUGAGACACAUACUAAACGAUAUUUAAAUGAUAAAAAAAAAACAAUAAUUUUACAGAUUGGAUUGAAACGUUUGUCAAAACAUCAUCCUACACCUGUAAGAGAGAAUACUUUAAAGCCAUAGUUCAACGCAUGAGGAUUUUGAAUUUGUCAAUAUUUAUAUACCUACGUAAAAUAAAAAUUGUGUAGUAUACCAAUCACAGUGUUUCGGACAAUUUCAUAACCAUUAUUAAUAUCCAGGUAGAAAUGAGGCAAUAAGAGCGCUGUUGACCAGAAACCAUAAGUUUUGGUAUGUACUAUGUAAAGUUAUUAUUUUUAUUUUCUAACUGUUUCUAUCUUCAUUUUAAGUUUAUUAGAUGAGAGUCAAAAAAGUGCAUUCAGAACCUCUCUAAUGUUAGAUACAAUUAUUUUCCAUGUUUGCAUUAUUAAAUCUCAUUUUAAACAAACGAAUGUGAAUUAGAAGAAAACAGAUAUUUAUUAUUUUGGUGUCAAAAUUCGGCUAGCUUAAUAUUAAUUAAUUUUCAAGUGUUGUUGCUAUUAAUAAUUGUAAUUAGAUGUGAUGCACUGCAGCUUUGCCACCCACGAUCUAAUUGAACUGAGGGUCUUAAAUGGCGUAAUUUUUUGAAACAUCUAAAAUAAUGUUUUUUCAUCAAGUGGUCUGAUGACGAUUCUAUGCAAAACUGACAUUAGAUUGUUUAAGAAAUUCCAUAUAUGCCUAAAGUGCGGCCUACCAAAGAAUGAGAUCCUGACGGUUCCUUAGGGCAACAUAAUAAAGUACACUUUCGAUCUAUUAAAACAAGAGGUUCGAAAAUAAUUUCUAAUUUUGCAAUAAUCUCAAACAAUUAUUAUGAAACGUGCAAUUCAAUUUCACUAUUUAGACCCCCAGCUUGGUGCCGUAUGAUGUGCACCCCAUUACUUCCGGUCGUGCGUAGCGUAGCUGCAGAGCAUCCCACCUGAUUUGAUAAUUUUAAUUUGGUCAUUAAAGCAAUAAUAUUAAAUUGUUAGUUGCGAUUGGACGGAAAAGUAGUUGAUUGUACAAUAUACUGUACCUUUUAUUUUUAAAAGAUGUAUUAAAAUGUAAGAAAUAAGGACAUCAGCAGGUUACUACUACUGUAAAAAUAAAAUUAAGGAAUAUAACAAAUUGGCUUUUCAUUAAAAAACAAAAUCUGUACUGAUAAAAAUAAAUUCCUGCUUCCUUUGUUCACGCCCAUAACUUAAACAACCACCUAUUUCAUCCAUUUUUUUUCUUAUACUUCGUAGAAGGCUUCGUAAUAUUUUAAAAUGUUUUUUUAGAUUUCAGGAAGCUUAUGCCUAAUGUUAACAAAAACAACAAGUACCUUUUUAUCAGCAUCGAUUUAUAUAUUAUCUUUACAAUUGUCAGUUUAAAAUAAAUUCAUAGUGUGUUAAAAAUAUUACAAGUAUAAUAAAAGAUAAUAUAACGUUACAAGAAAUUAAUAAAUUAUAUGCUAUUUAUUCAAUUAAAAGAGUGCAAAUUUUUCAUAGAAAUAAACCCCAAGCCGAUAGAAACAAAAUAUGUCUCGGACUUUUAGUAUUAUUAAAUGAAAAAAAUAUUGUAUAUGUGGCAUCAUCAAAAUCGAGCCGUUAUAUAAAAACAGCAAUAGGGAUAUAAUUAGGAAAGCACUAUCUCAACGAAGAUUCUCGAAUUAUUAUGCUGCGCUUAGUUUUAAUAGACAGUGCCGUGACGACCUGCAAGCACAGGCUCUUGUUUCUUAUUUAUAUGAGCGAGAUAGAAAUGCAACUACUUACGAGAGUGAUUGAAAGCGGAAGCGGUUAUAUAUUUGGUGCAUUCACUGUAAACCGACUGCUGCGUGUUUUACUAAACUAAGGUUCUUAUUUGUUGAUUAAAAAAAUCCUGCAAACGAAAAAUGACAAUUUAACACACUUAGCCACCAAUUUCAAUACUGCAAAAGUUUUUAUUUCUGUCAGGCUUGGGUUUUUAUCACUCAUUUAGCCAUCGAAUUUUGACGAUGCCAUCCUAUACAAUAUUUUUUCAUUUAAUAAGACUAUAAAUCUUACCCAUAUUUCGUGUCUGUUGGGCUUUAAUAAAAUAAUAACCAUAUUGAUACAGCAAUAAGGACCCAUAACAAAUACUUUCCUAGGGGAAUAAGACUUCAUCUUUCUACCCCAUGUCCCAACUUAUUUAGGGUGGUGGUUAGCGUAGUAUGUAGGUUGAUAAUAACUUGAUUAUUACUGUAAUGUAUAUAUUAAUAAAAACGAAAUUCUUGAUAUUAAAUAACCUAUCUGAAAAAUAUUCUUGCACUGGUAAGGCUGUAAUAUAAUAAUUUAUAUUCUUCCUCAAUUAUUUUUAAUUUCUUUUCUGUAAGAGCUAAAGCCUGUUGUAAUUGAACGGACCCUUUUGUUUUCUGUUCUUCAAGUAGUUUUCUUUCAUCUUUUAUGUAUUUCCAAACAGAGUCGAACCAAUGUAGUGAUUCAAAGUCAGAGUCCUACAAAAAAAAUUUCAAUAUGUAAGCUAUGCCCAUUGCAAAUCCAUCAUCAGUAAAGGCAGCCCCUACUUUAUUUUUCUUUGUCAUUUUAUCCUUUGAUAGUAUCAUAUGCUCUAUAAAAUUUAAGGUUAGUGGUGGUAUAAUAAUAAAGAAGUUUCGCAAAUGGACAUUCUUUGGGUUUCGAAAAACUGGCGCAAAUACAUCUACUAGUAACUUGAAAUAUUCAGUGCCCUGUAAAAAGUUUGACACUAAACUGUUUACUGUAUUGUCUAAAUUUUCAGAUGAAUUAACAGAUUUUGAUCCUAAAUUUUCUUCACACAUUUCUUUAAAAGAACUUGUAGUGUCUAAAUUUGGUAAAAAUACUGUGGCAUCUGAACAACAAUGUCUUCCCCCUGAUCUUAUCAUCCUCACAUAUCCCAUUGCAUUGCCAAUCUGGCUUAUGAGAUCACGAAAUAAAUCCAAAUAACUAAGACCAUCAUCAGCUGUUCCAAGAACUCUGAUUCCUUUGUUAAAUUUGUCAGCAUAUUUAUAUGGAUACAUAUUUCCACCAUUAGAAGUAGCAUCUUUAAAAUUUCGGAGGUCCUUGAUGAGUCUGGAUUUUAUAUGUUCAUCAUACAUGAACUGAGAAAAAGUGAAAAAUUUCUUUUUUAAAAAUUGAUAAGUAAAAUUAACUGUUGUAUUCAUAAUCCCUGUUCCAUGUGUUCUUAUUGAAUUGGCCACAUGUCUGAUAUUGAUGGAAUUUAGGUGUUUAUUAUUGCUACUUUUUUCAAUAAAUAUUUGAUUAUUUAAAUUGUAGAGAUAUUUUGAUACAAAAAUGUGAAUAUUUCUCAUUAUUUCCAACACAUCCAAUCCUUGUUCAAGAGUUUGCGUAGGCAAAUUAUCUUGGACUGUUUUAAGGUUGAAUUUAAACCUGGCCAUCUGUCUCAUUUCCCCAUAUGUUUUCCAGUCUGAAAGUACUACAGUAGUCAAGUUGUAAUACAUAGUGGACAAAUAAUGUUCCACUGAUGGUACAACACACAUGUAUGCACUUUGGAUUCGUAGUUUGUCAAUAGCUAGUAACAAUUUCUUAGUCAUAUUUGUAGCGAAAGGAUUAUUAACAUCCAACUGCAAAUGAGAAUGAAUGUGUAAACGUAAAUUUGUUUCUAUGUUUUGACUUGUGUUAUUUAUAAUAUUUUCAUUUAUUAAGCUUUUCAUUUCACUCAGAAAUUCUUGAGAUUUAUAAACAUUAAAAAGAUUGUCUGUAUCAUGCAAUAACAACAUACAGUCUUCCAACACCAUUAGAAAAUAUUUUACUUUCAACGCAUUCAACUGUACAUUAAAAUUUUGUUCAAAAUAUAUAGGUAUCACAUUCUGAUGCCAUAAUAACCAAGAACAAUUACAAAGAUUUUCAAAGGUAUUUGUGUAAUUAGACAAUAUUUGUACUUUUUCCAACAAAAUAGCUAAUCUUGCAUAACUAUCAUCUGUAUAUGUACUCUCUGGAAUCAAACUUAAUGCUACAUUUGCAACUAUAUUUCGUUCUACAGUUGUUGCACCUUUUAAAGCUUGUUCAGCUAUCACAACACAAGUUAAUUCAUCUAGCCUCUUGUUUGCAUAAUUUUUAUCUCCCACCAAAGAUUUUUUCAUUUCUUGAAUGGAUAAUGUUGCUUGGAAAAUCAAAUGAUGCAGAAUCAUAUGAAUAGAAUUGAUUAUUUGGAAAUUAUUGCGCACAACAACAUUUUGCAAACUCUUCAAUGUAUCAAUUAUAUCAAAUAAUGACAUAAGUACACUUUUGGACAAAGGUAUUCCUAAAGAGAGGUGGAGACUGAUAAGUGUAAGAAUAGAAUAGUUAAUGCCAGAAAUUAAUUCCAAGCCUUCAAGCAAUACUUUAGCAUGCUGUGUCAUUUCAGCAGCAUUCAGUUUGUUGUGUUUCAUUGAAAAUAUCUCUUCUAUAGUCAGGGUCCAAUUAGUACACACUAACUGUAAGUGUGAUACAUCUUUUGAUAGAGUAUUUUUUCUAGCAGCAAUAUAAGCCUGUCGAGCUUUCAACAUUAUUUGUGAUACUUUCCCAUAACUUGCACACAAUGCUGAUAAAUGUCUUUGAAGGAAUUGUUCCGGAAACCACACUGUGGUCCCAAUAACAUGGACACUGUGAGCCUAAAAUUUAUAAUGAUUUCAAUAAGUGAUUUGAAUAACUUUUUAUCAUUAUUCCCAAAUAAAUAAGAACUUAGAACAAAAAGAGCAUUCAUUUUAAUACACUUGUACAUAUUGGCUAAAUUUGGCUUGUCCUGGACCAAUUUAUCGAGAUUAACUAUAGCUUGUUUUAGGUACUGCAUGAAUUCUCCUGAUGCAUUUGAACAAUUUUUGUCAACUAAGCCUUUUCGAAGUGUUAAUAAACUUUGAAGUGUGUUUUGCACUAUAUCAUCAUGCAUAAGUUUACAUCUGAUAUUUUCAAUAGCUCCAAGUAAAGCCUUUAAACUGUCUUCAGUCAAAUUCAAUUUUUCAGGUGUUUGACUGAAUGUAUGUAAAGUUUGACAGUAUUUGCUCCAUUUUGAUGCCAAUGAUGUACUUGAUAUCAACAGCUCCAUUAAAACAAUAAGUGUAAAAAGUUCACCUAUAUAAUUUAUAACAUAGUGCAGUUGAAUCGCAU